CGAGGAGAUAAUGACGAUGUUGCUGGAGGCCAGCGAGGAGGGUAUCGGCGAGGGUUACGACAGGGACAGCGGCAGGAUCGUGUGGACCGUGCGUUACACCUUAGAGGGUGAGGAGGAGAACGGCUCACAGUUGACGGACAUGGACCAGUCGCAGCGGAUACAGCAACGGCAAUUGCAACACCAUCACCAUCAUCGUGUCGACAAGAAGAAGGUGCAGGUGCGGCUAGAGAUACAGAAGGACGACAUACAGGCGGUAUUGCCGAUCUCGAAGAACUGGGAGGUGAUGAAUACCGCGGUGCUGACGGGGCGUCAAGUGUCGCAGGGGAUGAAGGUUUUCAUCGUGAGCCAAGCCGGCACGGUGGCCGAUGUCACGCUGCAGUCGUCCUGUCAUUCCGAGGAUGAGAGUGUUCUCAAGGUGUCGUCCUCGUGCAGCAGCGUCUACGUGGACGGUUCGGAGGUGCGCGGCUCCAGCAACGCGUCGGUGCUCGUCAAGUACGGCACGUACACCGGACUGGCGAAGUUCACCGUGUGGAUGCCGGAGUUCCCGCUGGAGGUGACGGUCGGCGACACGCGGCUGAGCCAGAUCAAGGGAUGGAAAGUGCCGGAGGAGCACGCGAGCGGCGCCAAGAGCAAGCGCAGCCCGAACUCGACGGGGCUCGACGCGGCGCAGGUUGUCUCCCCGGGGAGCUUCACGUCGACGUCGCCGACGACGAUGACGGUGAGCGCACGGGCGAAGAAGAGGAGCGCCGUCGAGCUCGAGGACUCCAUCGAGGAUGACACGUCCAUGGACGUGGACGACCCGGACAUGGUGCCCGACGAGGACGAGCAGGAGGAGCGAUACCGUGGGGGCGAUCAUGGCUGGGACAAUUCGAUCGAGCGAAACCUACCGGCCGUCUGCAGGUUGCGCUUCCAACAGAGCCCGGUCGAGGUGCACGCCCGGUUCAUCGCGAUGGAUCACGACUCCGGCAGGACCUCGUACUUCGUCAACCGUCGUACUUGGCUGCGCGUCACCGACCUCGUGGCGGGCAUGAUGCGCGUCUCCGAUCCUCGGAUAGCGACGCUUUUUCAGGGUAGGAUAGUCCAGGGACGCGGCGUCGGCCGCACAGAGGUGCAGGUGUUGUCGCCGAUCACCGGCAGGGUCAUCGGCGCGAAGGAGGUCAGGGUCGGCAAUGACCGCGUCUCCGUCACGCGUCUCUCCGUCACGGUCGUCUCCGGGCUCCAGCUCAGCAUCAGUCCCGACACCGCGAUCGAGAACGGAUACAUCGCCGAGACCUCGGUCACCAGGAGACUGACCGCUCAGUAUCAGGAAGGUCUGCUGGACAUCGACGUGGAGUUCGCGGACGGAUCACGGACGCCCCUGAGGGAGAUCGCCGUGAGCGAUUACCACUUGCUGGUCGAGAGCCUGGACAAGGAAGUGGUGGUGUUCGCGCCGAUGGUGGCGUCGCAUCAUCCCCGGGUGAUCGCGAUCGGCGAAGGCCGCGGCGACCUGCUGCGCGUCAGCCUCCAAUUGGCCGACACCUGCCGGCUCACCGGCAGACGCGCCGCCGGCAAGGGCACCCAGAGGACGGCGGCCGUCGCGUUGGCGAGCGCCUCCGCCAACGUCGAGGUGGACUUCACCUCGAGCGAGGUGCCGAAUCGGCCGGAAUUCGUGCAGAACGACGGCGGCGGUACCGUCGGCUCGCAGAAUCACCGGGAACGGAAGACCAGCCGUGGCGAAAUGGCGCCCGAUCUGCAUGACAUUCUCAUCGGGUUACCGCUGAAAGACGAGUACGGGCACGAGCACGAGCCUUUGGUGCAGGCACGGCAGCAUCGCACGGCUAUAGCUAAUGGCAUGUCUCCAGGGGGUAUGAGCAGCGUCGGUGUGCGUCAUCACGGCGGGGCGCGCAUGAGUCCGCUCGAGAUCGGGAUGUACGUGCUCCUAGCGGCGUUCUGCUUCGCGAUCGUUGUCUUCGUUGUCUCCUGCGUGGUGUACGCGAGCAAGUUCAAGCCCCAGCCGCCGGACUCCCCACUGACCGGCGCGGCCGUCCCGGUCCUCUCCAGCGCGGCGAGGGCGCGCGCCGCGGCGAACCAGCUCGCGUCCGGCAGGCGACCGCCGCGAGAAUCGACGACCAACGCACACGACUGGGUAUGGCUGGGCAGAGCGACCCUCGAGCGAGCCGCCUGCGGCCCGCAACAGGUGCGCGUGACGAGUAAUCCGCUGGCCACCGAAGGCGAGCCCGAGGCCGAGCUCGGCACAUGCUUCGACAAUCCGAACCACAUUGAGCUGCCGUCCGCGAAUCAACGAGGUGGCAGCGGCGGCGGUGGUACCAGCGGCGGCAGCGGCGCCAUCGACACCACGACUUACUGCAAGAGGGACAGGAUCGCGCGGAACAGCUUGGCGACGAAAUCCGCGAUGAAGCCGGCCGCGGUGAUAACGCCGACCACCGCUGCGACCACCACGACGUCGAUGGCAGCCGCAACGAUGACCACCGCGCGGAAUGACAACGACGACAUCCCUCCGCCGUUGCCGCCUCACGGGGUGCCGGCUGCGAUCUCCAUGUCGGCGGCGGCGGCCGCCACGGCGACGACGAACGCGAACAACGGUAACGAGGAGUACAAGCCACCGGUGCCGCCGCAUAGGAACACAGGGGUGAGCGUGCGACUGCCGGAACCACCGCGCAAGCAUCGUCACAGGGCGUCCAGCGGCGGCAGCAGCGGCAACCAUCGGCACAGCAAGCAGCAGCAGCACAACCAUCACCAGUCGUCGCACCACAUCAAGCCGCACGGAAAGACCAGGGUGGACAAUAACUCGAAGCAGCAGCAGAAGAACGGGGAGGACGAGGAGCUCGUGGAGCUGGUCAACAGCCACGACGACAGGCACUCGAAGGACGCGAGGUCCCGGGAGAUCAAGAGGGCGACCAUAGUCGGCAACCCGAUGUUCUCGUCCUUCUCCGCAUCCGCUGUCGUCUCCAGCGUCAACUCCUCCUCCUGCACCCCUACCGCGGCCUCGUCAUCCACGUCCCCGCCAUCCUCGUCGCCGUCCUCCUCGUCCUCCUCGUCCUCCGCCUCGUCCUCCUCGUCCUCCUCGUCCUCGUCUUCUUCUCAGGAGCAGGAGGAGUCGGUGGCGCUCGACGACCUCAAUCUAGGCAUGGACUACAACCAGAUCAUGCAGUACUUCGACAACCUGAAGGAGUCGAAUGCCUAGGUGGGGCCGUUCGACCUCUUCGAAGGUCGAGUAGUAGUCAACGUCGAUACGGAACACCGGGAUCCUCGCUAGCGCGCCAAGGUAUCGAGCUGUCCGCCUGCUGCGCCUGCUCGCCGGCGACGACGACUCCGCCACGUCGAGGACGUCCCCGGUUGUUUCGUAUUUUAGACUAUAAUCUAGUCAGCUUUCUAGCAGCACGUCAAGAGUAACGCGCGAACACGAAUAAUACACAUCCAGUUCAUACACGCGCACACACUCGUGUACGAGAAGAGAAUAAUAACGCUCCUUCGCGCCACGACCUAAACGGUCCUCCGACGAUUUGUGAGGAACGCUGACGGCUCUUUCGAACGACGGAUCUCAGAGUUCCCGAGGUCUCGCCUGUAUUUCUUCAUCGCUCUCACGAAGCUCUCACCGAGAAACUGCUCCUUCGCUAAUCGCGAUAUUUUUACCACCUCUACUCGUAAAAUCCUUUCUUCGCUUUUUCAACGAAGACUUUCAAGGGCUUUCUACGAUAAGUCCGUUAGUCGUAACGCAUGAGACAGAAGAGAUCUAAACAGCACGACAACACCGGGACACAAGACGUCUUAAAGUCGUAUUUAAAUAAGAUGUCUUCAAAACGUCUUAUAGGCGUCUUAUAUCCCAGUUUUAGGUUUGGGGAAGGUCUGGGGAAUUUAUCGGAGUCCUUCAUUUCUCCAUCUCCAGGAUAUCCUGCUUGGUAGAUUCUCUUAUGCUUUAUACGUGGCUGCCGGCUUAUCGUAGAAAGCCUUUUGGAUUUCGCUUUAACUGAUAACUUUCGAUACGAAGAACCAAUCCUGAACGAAGUAACCGUCCUCAUUUCACGUCGAUGGCGUGACUUCACUUUGAACACACACAUGCGCAGUCACCGUUCGAAUCACCGAGUCGAAACUGCCGGUGCGACAAAUCGGUCGGAGCACUGUUCGUACACACACACACACAUACACAACACACACACACACACGCAAGAGGCUUAAAAAAAAAACUGACUGUCGGUGGCCAGUGGGGUAGGUAGAACGCUCGCUCGACGACGAGCGUCACACGCGACGUUCCGACGUUUCGUUCCUCGCUGCGAGCUUCCCUUCGUUUCGUGGGAUCGCCGAUCCUCGCUCUUGCCCCCGCGCGCCAUCUUGAUCUCUCGCUCAAGCCCUUCCUCCGCUGUACCACGGUUCCUCCUCCCGUUGUCGGGCCGGGAGAGUCGGAUCGGGCAGCCGCGAGACGCGGCGCAUUUUGACGGCGAAGGUCCCGCCGAUUCGUCUUCGCGCAUCGUGCGUCACGUGCCACAGGUGAACAGGCUCUUUCGAGGGAAUUCCGGAAUUCUCGCGCACCGAAGCGACCCGAGAACUCCCGCGGGAUCUUCUUCGCGUCUCUCCUCUCAGCUCAUUCCGCCGAGUCCGGCCUUCGUUGGAUAUUCAUUCCACGUAUGAUGCCGUCGGCAGUUCACCGGGCUGCCUGACGUCGGCUCGAAACGCCGCACGCGCCAUCGAGACACAACGAAGCCUCCACUCUCACGGCCCGAUCCUCGUCGGAGGACACGUAUUUAUUCGAUCGACCGUACGUCGUAAUGUUUGUAAAUUUUGCUUUGUAAGACUGUGUACAUAUA